UCAUUAUCAUUGACAAUCGAAGCGCCCGUUUGGAUGUAUUUUGGUUGAACAAAGGAAGUAACAAACUGUAGGUACCUAAAAAGAGACCCCGCACCAAUACUAUUUAAAUUUUUUUUAUUCCAAAGCUCUUAGAACAAAUUGGAGCUUAUUCGAUCAUCCGAGCGUCACUUUUCCUCUAUUCAAUUACCGUUAACUCACGACCUCUCCGGGCGAGGUGCCAGCUAGAUUGCUCACUUUUAAGCGACGAUCGGACCUCACCCGCCCAAGAGAACGAACCUUUCUUAAGUAUCACUACGUCCCGAAUAUAAGAAUUCACAAUCGAACCAUAUCCUGCAUAAGUCGCAUAACAGAGCGGUGUCCAGCUAUGGCGACUCUUGCAAUAUUUCGCUCCACGCGAGCUUUCUCUCCACGACGCAGCUUCCAGAGAUGCCUAAUUGGUUUCAUAGAACCUCGUCGGAAUAUGUCCUCCUACCUAGUUACCCCCGCUGAACUGGCAGACGCUCUGAAGAAGAGUCCACCAUCAUCUAUCAGCCCCGAACCCCGAAUUAUCCCCUUAUGCGCCUCGUGGUUUUUACCAAAUGACGAGCGAAAGGGUAUUGACGUCUUCAUCGAGAAGCGAAUACCAAAGGCCCGCUUCUUCGACCUCGACAAAGUCAACGAUAAACGGAGUCCAUAUCCCCAUAUGCUCCCGAGCGCCAAGACAUUCGCAGAAGCAAUGAGCUCGCUUGGUAUUCGAAAGGAUGAUACGGUAGUUGUUUAUGACUCAAAAGAGCUAGGCAUUUUCAGCGCGCCGAGAGUAGCCUGGACUCUUAGGGUAUUCGGCCACCCAAAGGUACAUAUCUUAAACAACUUCAAGCUAUGGGUAGAGCAAGGCUUUCCCACGGAGUCGGGAGAGCUCUACAGCGUAGAAUGCAACCCGUACCCCAUUCCCAAGACGGACGAAAAGCAAGUCGCAAGUUUUGAACAGGUACGCGAGGUUGCUUUGGAUCAUAAUAAGGAAGGCUCCGAAGGAGUUCAGAUUAUCGAUGCAAGGCCUGCUGGUAGAUUUGCCGGCAAGGAUCCCGAACCCAGAGAGGGUCUUUCAUCCGGUCAUAUGCCGGGCUCUAUCAACAUUCCCUUUAGUGCCGUCCUCGAUCCUGAGACCAAAGCAUUCUUGCCGAAAGAGCAGUUACAGAAGUUAUUUAAGGAGAAAGGAGUAGAUCCUUCCAGACCGAUUAUAUCGACUUGUGGGACGGGAGUGACGGCAGUUGUUAUUGAUACAGCUCUCGAGGAGGCAGGAUACGGAUCUUUUGAGACACGGCGUGUGUACGACGGCAGCUGGACUGAGUGGGCACAACGAGUUAGCCCUUCGGAUUCUUUAAUCCGCAAGGAUGAGUAGGGAGUUGUGGCUUGUGUUGCGGACAGAAUGAUGAUGAGAUACCCUCCUUCUCAGGAAUUCUUUGUGCUUAUAUUGCCUUCAAAUACACCCUACACAACCUCGUCCUCCUUUUACGUCGUUUAUGUCGUUUACGUCGUUUACAUUGAGCAUGAAUUACGCAUUAUUUAUUACUCCACUUACUCCUAUUGGAAUACUCAGGUCGGGCUCGGGGGUGUCUUCGGUUACUAAAAUCAAAAUGCCUAUUGUAAAUAUGACCUAGGCCUGGGAGUGCAAUCGUGGGGACUAUCCACGGUUAUCACCACAUGGCUUAGGCCAUAGGCUCAGCAUUGGCACAUGACGUUA